AUGGAAGAACAGUUGCGUGAAGUGAUUCUUGAAUCAGUGCCUCCAAAACGAACGGGGGAGGUGGUACACUACAUUACACAUCAACCGGUGAUUCGAGAAGAUUCGGAGUCAACUAAAUUCAGAAUCGUGUAUGACUGUUCUGCAAAAGCUGAUCCUCAAUUACCAUCCCUGAACGAUUGCCUCGAGAAAGGACCGUCCUUACAGCCACUGUUGUUCGACAUCCUCUUCAGAAAUCGACUCAGAAUUACUUGCAUCACGGGUGACUUAAAGAAAGCCUUUCUACAAGUACGAGUCAACCAGGAACACCGUGACGCACAGAAAAUGUUGUGGUACAACAACGUGGAAGAGAGAAAAUCGUCGAAUACCGGUUUACAAGAGUGAUUUUUGGAGCUGCACCAAGUCCUUAUAUCUUGGGGGCAACCUUACAAAAGCACGUGAAACAGUUUCAAGACGAAUAUCCAGAGACAACAAAAGCCUUACUAGAACACCUACGUGGACGACGUACAAAGCGGAGGAGAUUCGAUCAGUGAACUUGAAACGUUUAAAAAACAAGCCACGACGAGGUGGAUUCACUCUACAUAAGUGGCACAGAAACGUUGAGGAGUUGGAGUCCAUUUCAAACGAGACUGCGAAAGGUGAUCAAGAUGCCAACACGAAAGCUUACAGUGAGUCAACGACAAAGAUCCUCGGUGUUCCUUGGGAGAAGAAAACGGACGUUGUUCGAGUUAAUCUUGAAGCUUGUCAACUCACAGUUUCACCAUUGACUAAACGUAUUGUCAGCGAUAAACGGUGUAUACGAUCUGCUUGGGUGGGCUUCGCCGGUGAUGAUUACUGGGAAGAUCUUGUUCAGUGA